CUACCAGUCUCCGGCGUGGUCGCCAUGUGGCUCAGUCGGCGACCGGACGCGCGCGCAUUAUGUCGUGUCUGUUCCUCAUCGUGGUGCUGGCUGUUCACAGCCAGGCUUACGUGACGGAGCCACCUUCGUUAGCAAAGCGGCUCGACAGGCUCUACGAGAAGAUAGAGAGGUUCAAUCUGGCUCAGAGCGAGCCGGUGCGUAUGGAAGAUAAACUGAACGCGAAGUUAGCUAAGUUGAAUGCGUUAACACCGGUGCGUUUGGGAGAUGAGGAUGAGGAGCUGGUAUCAGCGAUGCAACUGUGGGGCGAUAUGAGCGAGGACCAGGUGAAAGAUGUGGUGCGCGAGCUGCAGCAGAUAAAGGAGCAGCGCCCCGAGGAUAAGGUGGAACGGAUGGCAGACGGAGAGUACGGUGAUAGUGAUUGGAAUGAUGAGGAGUUAUUUUUGCAAGAUUUAAGUGAUGUUGACUACGCGUCGGACGGCGAAGGCUGGGAACUGAUGGACGAUCCCGAGAGUUCUACUCUUAAAGGCGGCGUGGUGGUGCCCUCCGCGAUCACACGACAAGACGGCAGCUUCAGAGAAGUCGUCAUAUCUGCUGUCGAUCCCGUCGCUGCCACAAACGAACGACCGAGGAUUCUUGACGAUUCGAAUUUAACGGCGAGCGAGCGCAAGACACUCCGUCUCGCAGCGCUGGAGAAUAUGCGCAACAUGAUGCGGACAAGCAAAUGCUCGGCGCCGCAGCCGCGCUGGCUGCCCGUGCGACAGCUCGCGCCCGCCGCCGACACCGUUUACAUGCCUCCUUGCGUACGCCUGCACCGCUGCGCUCCCGACGCCGGCUGCUGCUACAGCGAGGCUGAGGUCUGCGCGCCCGUCGAGGGGAAAUACGUCGCCAUACCAUUAUAUCUCAAUAAAGUGGAUAGGAACUUAACGAUCGCCCGCAUGCUGUUCUUCAACCACACUCGAUGCGCAUGCGUGUCUCGCGACACGCUACGAGGCACGCUGCCCGUGCGCGCAGAACCCCGGCCCGGUGAGGGACAGGAGUGGAUCACGGAACGGCCUACGGAGCGUCCGGCGGAGCGCCACCCCGACUGGCGGCCCACUGAGGAACCCCUGCUCGAACGCGACGAAGAGCACACCCCACCGCCGCAGAUGAGGAGCAGAUGCACGUGCCCGGUGCUGUUCACGGCGCGCGUGUCCGGGGGAGAAUGCGCGUGCGUGUGCGAGACGGCAGAGGGCCCGCGGCGGCGCGGCUGCCUCUCGCUGGCGCGCGGCCGCGAGCACUUCGGGCUGCGGGACCGCGUGUGCGUCGCCCACGGAGACUGCGCCCCGCCAGCUUGCGACCAUGGCCCGUACGACCGCACGCUCGGAGUCUGCCCGCUCAGAAAGUAUCGCAGGAUACGCUACAACCGCAAGUUCCACACCGACAAGACAGCCCUCUGAAUGCCACGUACUCCGAUUAGGGUAAAUUAGAACGUGUCUUGUCUUUUUCGGAAGAUAAAUUGGAGAAACUUUAAUUAAAACUAAAAUUGACCACGGUUGCAGGAUAUGAUUAAUUAUACAAAAUCAUAAACCUUUUACACGAUAUUAACGAAAAAUUCGAAAUAAAGAACUGAAUCAUUAUUAUAAAGACGUUUCCGAACGAGAUCGAAUAUAUUUGAGUCCGAUAGAGGGCGUUACUGAACAGAUGAUCAAAUGAAUGAUAAUUUAAGAUUUAGUUUUGGCAAUUAUUUCCUCUGCUAACAUUUCCUUACUUCAAAUGAAAAAUAUUGUGCCAUAUUAUAUAAAAUAUUUUAGUUUUUACUGCAAAUGAAGGAAAAUUACUACUUGUGAUAGUUUUACAAACUGUGAAUUUUUUUUAAUUUUCCAUUAACAAUAUUCUCGGAAGUUAUUUAUGUUAUUUUUUAUGUACUACAUUAAUAAAGUAAAUGGAAAUUAUUAUCGAUAUUGAAGGAUUUUCUUCCUUAUUUUUCCUACUGAAUAACAUUUUAGAUUAAUAUGUUUGUAGGUGAAUAACAGUAUUGUUACAACUGUCUAAUCGUUGGUUUCAGAGACUAAAAUCUCUGUAUAAAACAUAUCGUCAUCUCUGUCAUUGUCUUAAACAAAAUAUAGAUAGGAUUAUGUUUUAUUCAGGAUGUUCUCAGAAACCAACGAUACGACUGGUUUUAAAAAUGUAAAUGUGUCUUUCUUACCGUAGAAGUCAACUGCAGUGAAAUAGUAUAUAUAUUGUCAUCUCUUUCACUCCCAUGAAUAAAAUAGAGAUGCCAAUAUUUAUUAACAUGCAGUCAGACAAGGUUAUCUGGCACGAUGAGGGGCGCUGCUAUCGCGGUUAGUUUAUGAAAAAAAUGUGACAGCUGGAGCACGAAAAGAAUCUUGUGACUUUGACACUGACAGAAUGGCGCUAGUUGCUGUCAUAAAUUAGUUUAACUUGUGUCCACCGGGAGAGAUAUCCUUGUCGGACUAUACAUGUAUUGCAGAAGAGACAAUUAUCUUUUGUUUAAGAUGUCUUGAAAUAAUUUUCACGAGCCUAAUAUAAAUGUGCUAAGAGAUAUUAUUGUAACUUUGUAACUGUACAUUGCAUAAUAAUUAUAUAAGUUCGAUUCUGUAUAAGUAUAUAAGUUAGACUUAAGUUGUAAAUAAAU